AUGAACAUUAUACUUUAUCCAUCCGUUUUUGUCCUCAGAUAAAGUGAAUAGAAUCAUAUUAGAAUAACUACAGGUAAAAAGAAGCAAAUGCAAGGCGAAAAUCUCACCAGUUGGAGUUUCUUUUUCCUGGAAGGUUUUUCUAGAUACCCAAAGUUAGAGAUUGUUCUCUUUGUCUUCAGCCUUUUAAUGUAUCUGAUAACCCACUUGGGCAACAGCACUCUUAUUUUAAUCACUGUCAUAGACUCACGUCUUCAGACGCCCAUGUACUUGUUCCUUGGAAAUCUCUCUUUGAUGGAUAUUUGUUACACAUCUGCUUCGAUUCCUACUUUGCUGGUGAACUUGCUGUCAUCCCAGAAAACCAUCAUCUUUUCUGGGUGUGCUGUACAGAUGUAUCUGUCCCUUGCCAUGGGCUCCACGGAGUGUGUGCUCCUGGCUGUGGUGGCCUAUGACCGAUAUGUGGCCAUCUGCAGCGCGCUGAGAUACCCCAUCAUCAUGAACAGACAGGUCUGUGUGCAGAUGGCCACCGUCUCCUGGGUGACAGGCUCUCUGACAGCCCUGGUGGGAACCAGCUUCGCCCUGCGGGUACCCCGCUGUGGGAAUCUCAUCGACCACUUCACAUGAGAAAUUCUCGCAGUGCAGAAGCUAGCUUGCACACGGUCCUUGCUCCUGGACACAAUCAUGCUGGUGAUCAGUGUGCUCCUCCUGCCCGUUCCAAUGCUCUUAAUUUGCAUCUCUUACGUCUUCAUCCUUUCCACUAUUCUGAGAAUCAGCUCAGCAGAGGGCAGAAGCAAAGCCUUUUCUACCUGUGGUGCCCACUUGACUGUGGUGAUCUUGUAUUACGGGGCUGCUCUCUCCAUGUACCUAAAGCCUUUUUCAUCAGGCUCACAAGAAAUAGAUAAAAUCAUCUCAUUGCUUUAUGGAGUGCUUACUCCUAUGCUGAAUCCCAUAAUUUACAGUUUAAGAAACAGAGAAGUCAAAGAUGCGGUGAAAAAAGUGCUGGGCAAAAUGUACUUACAGCAAACACAAGAACAUCUCUGGCUGUGUGUCCAUGAUUUCUUUCCAGGGGUGUGUCCUUGGUAG